AUGGCUCCCCCAAAAGGCGGCUCCGAACUUGGCGCGAAGUUGGGGGCUCCCGGGUUCCGGACCCAGGGCGCUGCCACGGGGCCCUGCGUCCGCGCGGGGAGGGCCGGGCGCGCGGGGCGGGCGGCGGGGGCGGCGGGGGCGGCCCGCACUGCUGGGAGCCGAGCCCUGCGAGCCCUGCGAGCCCUGCGAGCCCUGCGCGCGAGCCCAACCUCUCGCCAGCCGCGCGGGGCUCCCAGAAGGAAGUCGGGACGCGAGCCGGAGUCGUUGACGUCGGCGCUCUGCAAGCCCGUGACCUCGGGGAGGAGGAGGCGAGGGCCCGCGGGGUGGGGGUGGGGGCGGGGGCGGUGGACGGGGCUCCCCGAACCUGCCUCCGAGCGGGGCAGCUCUCCGAGGUCAGCCUUGGACGCCUUUGACCCGUGUCACUGCGGAGGGGACAGCCGCCACCGCGGCUCAGCCCGGGAACCCUGCGGGCCAGGCUACGUGGAGCCAGUGCAGGAUCUUCAAGCAUCAAUUACUCGGACUCCAAAGCACGUGAACCGCAGGUUUCCGGGAUGGUGUGUCUGCAGAGCUGUGUUCAGAGAAGCUGGUGAUGGAUGGGUCCAUUUGGACUCCCGGAAAGGGCCAGACGUUAAUACCUACUGGGUGGCUGCUAUGUGCAAAAUACCAUGUUCGGCCCGUUGGUCACAAUGAGGAGCAGAAUGGCACACCACCCCUGGCCAGCUCAGAAAUUGUGGUAACAGGAAAGAGUAUGUAUUUUUCACUGCAACUUAACUAACUGGGAUUCUGAUGUAUG